AUGUCCAAAUCCAAGCAAAAACGAGCUAAACGCCUUGGUUUUUUGGGGAAAUAUAAGAAUAAAGAUGGGAAAACUGCGGAUGCUCACAAGGGGGCAAAUUCUAAAGAACAGUCAUCUGUGCAACAUGGCAAGGACAGAAAGGCAGAAGAAAUCAGAAAGCAAAGGCUUCAAGAGUUCCAAGAAAAGCAGAAGAUCUCCAGAGAACAACAGCUGAUGAAGAGGAGGAACUUGCAAAGCUUUCAAAAUGACAUCCUACAGAGGCAAAGAGAGUUUGAGCAGCGGGAAACAGAGAUACAGAGUUUGGAAAAGCAUGCGCACUUUGAAAAUGAGAAUUCAAGAAAGGCAUACUACAGAGAAUUUAAAAAGGUAGUAGAGGCUGCAGAUGUAAUCUUAGAAGUUCUGGAUGCACGUGACCCACUGGGUUGCAGAUGCCCUCAGGUUGAGCAGGCAGUAAUUCAAAGUGGGACCAACAAAAAGAUUGUUUUGGUGCUAAAUAAAAUUGAUUUAGUGGCAAAGGAAAUUGUGGAGAAGUGGAUUAAGUAUCUGCGGAAUGAGUUUCCCACAGUGGCUUUCAAGGCAUCUACUCAGCAGCAGUCCAAAAACUUGAAACGCAGCAAUGUAUCAGUGACUCAAGCCAGCACAGAGCUCCUAAGCAGCAGUGCUUGUAUUGGGGCAGACUGCUUGAUGAAGCUACUCGGUAACUACUGCCGCAACCUUGACAUAAAGACGGCCAUCACUGUAGGUGUUGUAGGUUUUCCCAAUGUUGGAAAGAGCAGUUUGAUCAACAGUUUAAAACGUGCAAGAGCAUGUAAUGUUGGGGCGACUCCUGGUGUCACCAAGUGCCUUCAAGAAGUUCACUUGGACAAACACAUUAAACUUCUUGAUUGUCCUGGCAUUGUUAUGGCAACGUCAACAACUGAUGCUGCAAUGAUUCUCCGUAAUUGUGUGAAAAUUGAACAGCUUGUUGAUCCACUUCCACCUGUUGAAGCCAUCCUCCGACGGUGCAACAAGGCACAGAUACUCCAGCACUACGGCAUACCUGACUUUCACACCGCUCUGGAGUUCUUGGCAUUGCUUGCGCGGCGCCAAGGCAAAUUAAAAAAGGGUGGGCUGCCUGACACUGACAAAGCAGCAAAAAGCGUAUUAAUGGACUGGACAGGGGGAAGAAUCACCUAUUUCACACACCCUCCUGAGACGCACACGCUUCCUACGCAUGUCAGCGCCGAGAUUGUAACAGAGAUGGGUAAAGCAUUUGACUGGGAUGAACUUGAAAAAGGAAAUCAGGAAGUUCUUGCAGAUUCAUCUAUUUCUGAUGUUCAAAUGGGAUUCUGCAUCGAAACCAUGGGAAUGACGAAUGGUAACCAGGCUCAAACACUUUCUAUCCAAGAAAUGGAAGAGUCUGUGUGGGAGUCAGACUUUAAAAAUGCAACUGAAUCCAUGGAGGAUGAUCAGGAUCCAGAGUUUGGACCAAUGACUGUGGAGAUAAAAUCUCAGAAGUUGAAGAGUAGCUUGCCUGAAACUGAUCUUGCUCGUAAGGCUCCAGAUUUGAAGGACAUUUUAAAUGUAGAUCCGUUACAACAAGGUCAGGCACUGCUGGCUGCUGGCAAAAAGCGGAAGAAGCAACAGAAAAGAGCUGACAAACUUGCUACCAAACUCUCAGACACUCUCAUAUCUGCAAUGGAUUUCUCAUUUUGUGACAGCUGA